AUAUAAACUCCCCCUGGACCAACGGCUCGAACCGUGUGUCCCAGCCAGUGACCUGACAUCACUCACUGCAGGCUCGACAGAGCUGAUCUGACCAACCAGCACUCGGCAGCUGGAGCCACGAGCCAGGUAUAGUUGCUAGGCUGCCACACGGCCGGCCAUGCGCGCCGCUAGGCAAGGCAAGCCGGCGGCCGGAGGAGUGGCCCUGCUGGUGGCCCUCGCCGUGUGGCUCCUGCCGGCGGUGGCCCGCGCGCAGCUCCGGGUGGGGUUCUACGACACCACCUGCCCCAACGCCGAGGCGCUCGUCCGCCAGGCCGUCGCCGCCGCCUUCGCCAGGGACGCCGGCACCGCCGCGGGCCUCAUCCGCCUCCAUUUCCACGACUGCUUCGUCAGGGGCUGUGAUGCUUCGGUGCUCCUGACCGUGAACCCCGGCGGCGGGCAAACGGAGCGUGACGCCGCCCCGAACAACCCGAGCCUCCGCGGCUUCGACGUGAUCGACGCCGCCAAGGCCGCCGUGGAGCAGAGCUGCCCGCGCACCGUCUCGUGCGCCGACAUCGUCGCCUUUGCCGCCCGCGACAGCGCCGCCCUCACCGGCAGCGUCUCGUACCAGGUCCCGGCGGGGCGGCGCGACGGCCACGUGUCCAACGCGUCGGACACCGUCGACCUUCCCCCGCCCACGUCCACGGCCAAGGAGCUCACCGACCUGUUCGCCGCCAAGAACCUCAGUGUCGAGGACAUGGUCGUCCUCUCCGGCGCCCACACCGUUGGCCGCUCCUUCUGCGAAUCCUUCGUCGACCGCGUCUGGAACCGGAGCGCCAAGCCCCCGGCCGCAAUCGUGGACGCGGGGCUGAGCUCGUCGUACGCGUCGCUGCUGCGGGCGCUGUGCCCGUCGAACACGACGCGGGCGACGCCGAUCACGACGGCGAUGGACCCCGGGACGCCCAACGUGCUGGACAACAACUACUACAAGCUCCUCCCGCGCGGCAUGGGGCUCUUCUUCUCCGACAACCAGCUGCGCGUGGACACGGCGAUGGCGGCGCUGGUGAGCAGCUUCGCGGCGAAUGAGACGCUGUGGAAGGAGAAGUUCGCGGCGGCGAUGGUGAAGAUGGGACGCAUCCAGGUGCAGACCGGGACGUGCGGGGAGGUCCGCCUCAACUGCAGCGUCGUCAACCCGUCGUCGUCGACCAUCGAGCUGGGCUCGAGCGCGCCGGCCGCCGACGAGGAUGGCGGCGUCGCCACGAGCUAACUGUUCGAUGCCUCUCCGGCCGUCGUCGUCGUCGAUUCGAGACUCACGAUUUGCGCGCGCGCGCGUCCUUUCGACGCGCACGUUUCGUUCUAGCUUGAUUUUAUUUGUCGCGUGGACUCUUGUUUUUGCUACGUCGAUGGCAGACUUUUCGACGAUCUCUCUGCGGUGAUUGUGAGGACCUGUGUCUUAACAGUCCGGACUUGAACUUUCAGUGGUCGAUUAAUAAGCACGUACGCGUGCGUGUUUCAUGUUGUUGUCACGAUACUGAUCUGAUGAUCGAUGAACAUGAGAAUCUUUCACUUCCAUUGUCAUAUUAUAGCUUGAUUUUUACACA